AUGCUCUCUGAUAAAAGAUGCGGAUAUUUCAUCAAAAGUAAAAACCGAUACUGUCGUCAGAUUCCUGUACAAGGUUCUGACCACUGCUUUAACCAUGCUGGCGAACUAUCCACAAAUAGGGUAGUUUGUCCACUAGACUCUAAACAUUUUGUCAGCCGGUCCAAUCUUGAAAAACAUUUGACGAAAUGUAACGAAAGUCGUAAAGUUGGGGCUAUUUAUAAUGUACCUGGUAUCAAUUCAACUCAUUUAGAUUUGGACAUACCUUCCUCGAAGGUGACAUUGGCUAAUGUACCAGCGGUAACAGUGCUGAGCUUAAUUGCACGCUUGGAAGAACUAAAUGCAGAGUUGAAUUUAAUUGAUCAUAUCAAUGAUUUGUCAACUGGUGAUAUUCAUCCUCUCAUCGCUUUCACGUUAAAUAAUCAUCGUCAUUGGUGUUCGAAUGGAUUUCCAGGUUUGAAAGAAAUACCUCUACUACAAUCUGAUAUUACUUCAGUAAAAAAAGAAGAUAAUGAAGUCAAUAAGGCUAACUUCCAAAUUAAUCCAGAACGUGUUAUCCAUGGAUCAAAUCGUCAUAUUUAUCAGAAUGGGCGAUUGAUUCGAGUUCUAGAGAAUAAAGGUCUACUUUCUACAAAUAAUUUAUAUCUAGAAUUUGGUGCUGGUCGUGCUGGACUGUCACAUUGGAUUAAUAAUUGCUUAGCAUCUACUGAAUUAGGGGCUUGUUGUUAUGAUCGAUAUCCAGGUGUAUGGCCGGUAAAAGCACCUGAAACCAACUUUUUACUUGUUGAACUCAAUUCUGUUCGUGAUAAGAUGGAUAAACGCCAGGGGGAUGAAGGGAAUUUCACACGUCUCAGAAUAAACAUAGCCGACCUUGAUCUUAGUCUUGUACCACUUAUUCAACAGAAUAAACGACCAGUGAUCGCCGUUGCUAAACACUUGUGUGGUGAUGCUACAGAUUUAUCACUCCGUUGUCUUAAGAACGGUGAACAUAAAUUCGAGCUCUCUGGUAUAAUGUUUGCUGUCUGCUGCCAUCAUAAAUGUACUUGGCAUGAAACAGCUGGUCGUGUUUGGUUAGAGAAGAUAGCCAAGAUUACACCUGAUCAAUUUUCCCUAAUCACUCUGUUGGCUUCAUGGGCAGUUUGUGGAAUGGAACGUAGAACUCAACACACAGAGAAUUUCAUUCAUAGCACUACUGAUCAAGAUUAUAAAGAGGCUUUAAAACGUGGCAAAGAAGACGAAUGUCAAACAGCUCUGCACAGUUUGGAUGUUAACAUCAAGAUGAAAAUUGGAAAAAUAUGUAAACGUUUAAUUGAUUGGGGACGUCUUAUGUAUAUUAAGCAUGAAUUGAAGCUUUUUGAUGCUCAGUUUAUUUCUUAUGCAACAUCGGAAGUUACACCUGAAAAUAUUGUAAUCUGUGCUACAAAACUGACAAAAUCUCUUUGUACCUAA